AUGCCUGGAGCGACCGGGGCCUUCGGUCCGAUGCAGGGCUACCCGGCAGGUGCCCCAGUCGAAGUCUACCCUGGCAUGAUCGGAGCAGCCGGACUGCCUCUAAGCUUGGCACAGCAGGCAAAGCACGAAACCGGCCAGUACGCCAAAGAGGCCAUGCAAGUCCUAGGCAGUCCCGACUGCAAUGCGCCCUACGGCCGCUGGAGCGAGGACCUGAAGGCCUGCGUGUGCGAGGCUCCUCAUCAUGGCGAGCGCUGUGAAGAGAAGCAUUGCGAUGACUGGGACGGCACAGAAGGAGGAACAGAGUGCAGCGGCAAUGGAGUGUGCCAGCAGGGGAAAUGCUUCUGCUUGCCAGGGUUUGGCCUGGCCAACACCUCGAGCAAUGCGGCCAACAUUUGUGCCGACGUGGUGUGCCUGGCCGAUUGCGGAAGCCACGGCGAGUGCAAGGAUGGGACGUGCGUCUGUGAGACCGGCUGGCAGGGCACCACCUGCGCGGAGCCCAAAUGCCUGGACGACUGCAGCGGGCAUGGACGAUGCCUCUUCCCGCACCCAGAUGCCCCGGCCGAGUGCCUCUGCCAGGACGGCUACGCAGCGCCGAACUGCGCCGAGCGCAUCAGCGAGGCUUCGCUGGUCGGGACGCAGUGCCGUCGGAGCCAGGCUGCGGCCACUGUCACUGGUGUGCGUGGCGACCGCAACCACACUCUGUGCCGGGAGACUAGGACCGCCUUCGCCAUGAAAAUGUCCGUCGGCGAGGCAUGGAGGCUGAUCGGUGUCAAGCCGACGGCCUCCAAGCUGGAAAUCAAGAAAGCCUUCAGGGAGAGGAUCAGGCAGGUGCAUCCUGACGUCACGGGAGACGACGGCACCAUGCUUCGCAAGGUCCAGGAUGCCUACCAGCUUCUCGAGGAGCUCCGAGACCCGACCAUCUACCACAGUUCCGUGGAGGAUGGCGUGCCGGAGUGGGCCUCGGGGUUGCUCCAGGGCAUCGAGUGGACCGCAGAAUGUAGCAGCUUCGCGGACUUCUUGUUGAAGCCGGACAACAAGGCUCUUGCUGUCGGCGAGCAGAGUGAGAGCACCGGCACGCGCCCAUGGGCAGCGGCAUGGGGCAAGUUCUCACAGCAGGAUGCCAACUCCGAAGCGCUUCGUGUUUGUCGGCAGUACGGCGUGAAGUGCCGCCUGGUCUACGUGGGAAGUGGCUCAGGGCGCGUGCGAACUGUUGGAAUGGAUAGCUCCAGCGCAGACCAGGAGCGCACCUGGUGGAAAGACCAGUUCGUGAAGGGUGGCGAGCUCCCGGGCUUUGGGUGGAUGCCACCGGUCGAUCCAAAGAAGGAGAAGCUAGUUGGCUGGAAGACCAUUACUGAGGGUAGCGAGCAUCUGGGCGAGAAGAGGAUCCGAGUCCCCGUCUUUGAGCCGGUUAAGGGAGGCAUUCCCUACCUGUACUCGCCGGCAAAGCCGAGACAGCGGAUAUUCCUGAAGCGCACCCCUUUCAAGCGUGUGGAGAGCUUGUCACGCAACAUGCAACGGUCGCGGCGGUCGCAGCUGAGAGAGCAUAUCAUGUCCCUCAACCAGCAAAACGACGGCUGGUUCAGCGCAUCCGAGACUAUGCGGAACAUGAAGUCUUCCGGACGGGGUGAAAUCCUGUAG